AUGCAUCGUAGAGAAAUACCCCUGACACUUUUGGUGCUUAUGUUUAUAAGCACCUCAGAAGAAACUUGCACCUUGCGUCUUCACAUGACUGCAGUUGAAGGGGAACCUUUCUAUCUGAAGUAUUGCUCAUCAUCUGAGCGUGAGAAUAAAACAACCACCAUAAAAUGGUACAAAAAUGAAUCGCAUGGACCCCUUGAGCUGAGCUCAAGUAGUUCACCCAGAAUUAUCUUGCUCGAUUAUGUUUUGGAGUUUUGGCCAGUUCAUUUGAAUGACAGUGGAUCUUACUCUAUCCGAAUGGGAAAUGAUACUCAUAACUGGAAAUUAAAUAUCAUCAGAAGACCUAAACACAGCUGUUUUACUGAGAAACAAGUAAUGAGUAAAUCUGUGGAAGUUAAAAAAUCUUUGCAGAUAGCCUGUGAACAUAGUUACUAUCAAAAACUGGUCAACAGAACGUUAUUGUAUAAGAACUGUGAAAAGACAGAGAACAAUCAAAACCCAUUUUUAAAGAAGAAUGCAGAGUUUAACGAUCAGGGAUAUUAUACCUGCAUGUUUUUUCUUCUUCAUAAUGGCAAACUAUUUAACGUCACCAAAACCUUCAAUAUAACAAUAGUCGGAGACAACAGUAAUAUAAUUCCAGCUCUUCUUGGACCAAAGCUUACGCAUGUUAAAGUGGAAUUAGGACAAGAUGUACAGCUCAACUGCUCUGCUUUGCUGAAUGAAAAGGAUGUGAUUUACUGGAACAUCUGGAAAAAAAAUGGAAAGGAUCCUAAUGUACACGAAGAGGAAGGGACAAGAACUAGGACUUCAGAAGGCAAAUGGCUUGCUUCAAAAAUACUGAGAAUUGAGAAUGUUAAUGAAAACAAUCUAAACUUUUCAUAUAAUUGCACUGCAGCCAGCGAGGGAGGCAUAGACACCAAAAGCUUCAUCUUACUGAAAAAAGAAGACCCGGUUGACAUCCCCGGCCACGUCUUCACUAGAGGAAUGAUCGUAGCUGUUUUGAUCUCAGUGGUCAUUGUAUGCCUAGUGACCGUGGGUGCCAUUUAUAGAGUUGACUUGGUUCUAUUUUAUAGACAUUUCUUGGGAAGAGAUGAAACCUUAACAGAUGGGAAAACGUACGAUGCUUUUGUGUCUUACCUAAAAGAAUGUCGGCCCGAGAACGGAGAGGAGCACACCUUUGCUGUGGAGAUUUUGCCCAGUGUGUUGGAGAAGCAUUUUGGGUAUAAGUUAUGCAUAUUUGAACGGGAUGUGGUGCCUGGAAGAGCUGUUGUUGAUGAAAUCCAUUCAUUGAUAGAGAAAAGCCGAAGACUGAUAAUUGUCCUGAGUAAAAGUUAUAUGUCUAAUGAAGUCAGGUAUGAACUUGAAAGUGGACUCCAUGAAGCACUUGUGGAAAGGAAAAUUAAAAUCAUCUUAAUUGAAUUUACACCAGUCGGUGACUUCACAUUCCUGCCUCAAUCACUGAAGCUUUUGAAAUCCCACAGAGUUCUGAAGUGGCAGGCCGAUAAAUCUCUGUCUUAUAACUCAAGGUUCUGGAAGAAUCUUCUUUAUCUGAUGCCCGCAAAAGCAGUCAAACCACAUAGAGACGAAGCAGAAGUGUUGCCUGUUUUUUCGCAGCCCUGA